AUGCAGAUUUUAGUUAAGAUACUCACAGGCAAGCAUAUCGCACUCAAAGUUGAACCAACUGACAGAAUUGAAGGUGUAAAGGCCAAGAUCAAAGACAAGGAAGGUAUUCCACCAGAUCAACAGCGUCUCAUCUUUGCCCGCAAGCAACGCGAAGAUGGUAACAAACUUCAAGACUUUUAA